AUGAAGAUCACAGUCAAGCCAUUCUACAAUUUCCCCAGGAUGGAGCUCAUUGCGCUUUUGAUGCCGUGUUUGAUACCCAUCGGUCUCUUAGUCUUCUCAAUUCUUGGUUUCCACUUCACACUACAUGCCUCAAGCCAAAAGAAACGAUCGAUCCUCUUCCCUUUCACUGUGUACUUCGAAGUGCUUUCCUUCGCUACGGCUCACAACUUCUCUGGCAUCCACCCUGACUUAGUUGGCCUGUGGGGUCUGUGUCUCACAUUCAACCUGCUGCACAUUAGCUCGCUUCUCUUCAUUGAAAGAGUGCCUGCGCCAAAUAGUGGAGUAUUAAAAGGGUCGGGAUCGCGCUGGUUCUCGUCAAUUUGCACGUCCUACCACUUCUGGAGCAACCCUCGGCUGCUGCCCCGUUCAGAAAUCCAAGAAAACUCCAAAUCGCGCCGCCAACCGCUUUCAGUCUUCAUUUUUCUUCGCUUUGCCAAAUUAAUUUUUUACUUCCUUCUCCACUCGAAAAUAGUCCCACUGGUCUCCAAACAGCUCAUCGGUGUUAUCUACAUGUCCGAUGUCACGUCCCGUAAAUCUUCCCUACUGAGGCUGGUCCGCCCAUCCAGGCUUACCAGCCGCGAGGUUGUCUUGCGCGCGUACAUGGCCGUCUCCUGGAUAUGGGAGAGCUUUUUAGUCCUCGACGGUGCCAAUGCAGCACUCGGUUUGAUUGCAGUCACCACCGGCGCGGACAGUCCAGAUGACUGGCCCCCACUCUUCGGCAAGCUGUCCCACAUUUCAAGAGGUCUGCGCUCCUUCUGGGGCCGCUUCUGGCACCCAUUGGCGGUACGACCGUACCGAAACUACGGCCGCCUCAUCGCUGAUGGCAUAUUAUCUCCACUCUUUAGGCGUGGGGACCGGACCAGAGAUUCCAUUCUGACUGCCAGGAUGCACGGGAUGAUCACCGCGCUUAUCGUGUUCUUCUUGUCUGGACUCUCGCACAUGGCAGUGAGUUGGAACCUGGGAAUGCACGACUGGCUCGAUGUCUGGUGGUUCCAGUUGAACUUCGCUGCCUGCGCCACUGAGACUGCUGUCCUUGCAAUCCUCCGGGGACUGGCAUGGAGGGCUGGGCUGGUGCGUGAGCUGCAGGAGAUUGAGAAUAGCUGGCUUGGCAGCUUGGUUGGAUUGUCAUGGGUGAGCAUGUUUUUCUUUUGGAGCGUUCCGUUGUGGAGGUAUGAGAGGAUUUACAACUCAAUAGAAGCAGCUGAGCAGGAGAUGUGGUAG